AAAGCGCUGACGAAAUUUUAAACGGCAGCGAACGGGUUGAAAGCCGAAAUGAAUUCUGAAGUGCUACGAGCAGGAGGGCUUAUCAUUUUCAGAAGAAUCGAGUUAGGAAUCCAAUACUUGUUACUCCAAACUUCGUAUGGGGUACAUCAUUGGACCCCUCCAAAAGGUCAUCUUGACCCGGGUGAGGAUUACCGCACUGCAGCACUAAGAGAGACAGAGGAAGAAGCAGGCUAUACCAGCAAUCAACUCACAGUUACAGACUUUAAGAGCACGCUCAAUUAUAUUGUCAAGAAUAGACCAAAGGAGGUCGUUUAUUGGCUUGCUGAGCUGAAGGAUCCAACGGAUGGUGUGAAAUUGUCAAAUGAGCAUCAAGAUUUCAAGUGGUGCAACCUUGAAGAGGCCUGUCACCUCUCGGGAUACAGUGACAUGGAAAAGGUUUUACGAGAUGCUGAUAAUUAUCUCCAUAGCUGAUGUACAAGGAUAGAUUAUCCAGAUCAUUAUGGGGAAUUAGACAUUGAAUAUAAUAUUGAAUUAUAACUACGCUUCAUCAAUUCAGGGAUCCGGACAAGCUCAUGGGACCAUAAUACACUAUAAUGUAAAGAGAUGUACUGUACGUAAUAUGAAUACAAGCAUAGGCGAGGAAAUUUGUCUCACAACGUCAAAGUUUUUUUUUAUUGAGAGUUGCGGAGCUUUUUUCAACCACUGAGCUAAACGAUCCACAGGAUGGUGUGAAAUUGUAAAAUGAGCACCAAGAUUUCAAGUGGUGCAACCGGGAAGAAGCCUGUCUGUCGCCUCUCAGGAUAAAUGAUGUAAACAUUGUUUGAACCUUUUUUUUUACGUGGUUUUCCAGGUUCCAUGCAAUUCUGCUUAAUUAAAAUAUUCAUUCUAUUGUUAAUGCAAGCAAUAUAUUUAUGUGGUUUGAUAAAAUUGAAAAAUGUAUGAUACGUUUAAUCAAGUAUGCUACCCUCAGAUAGUCUUGAAGACAUAUGUAGGCUACCAUUGAUUUGACUUUGAGCUGCCAGGUCACAAUUUUCACAUAUAUGUCUGAUAUGUGUUGCGUAAAAUUUAAGCCCAGAAAAAAGAUUGUCCUAAAAUCACUAUUUAGUGCUUCAGAAAAGUGAAGUAUAAAAGUGACCAAAACACCAUCUUAAUUAUGAUGAUUAUUUUGGACUUUGUCUUAUGCCAUUACAGGAAUUUAUAAUUGUUUAUAAAAAUAUUUUCAUACAUACAGUUGUAUAAACAUUUCCCUUUGAAUCCCUUUUAACUCAAUGACUGCAAUGAUUAACUUAUACAAUUUAUUUAAUAGUGAAUCAUAUGUAAACAUUCUUAGAGGAAAAAAUGAAUAAUUGCAUAUGUUAAAAUACAAAAUAUUAGCUUGGGGAGAUAACAUUGUGCUUUCAUUUAUUUUCUUUAGAACUGCUUCUCCAAAAUAAUUGAAACUUUGAAAUGGUGUGACUUUGUUAUUCCUCCAAUCUGAUUUUGAUGACAUUUCAGUAUUAUGAUUACCGGUAUGUUAAUUUGUCUGAUUUUAUAAAUUGAGUCUUAAGAAAUAUGACCAAAAAAAAGGCAGCAAGCUUUCAAUACCAAGGUAUUCCAAUUAUCCCAUGCUGAAAAUUUAAUGAUUUUGAACAGAUUAUUUUGUUCAAAUCAUAUAAUUUUCAGCCUAGAGUACCCCAGUAUUAAGAAGUAAUUUGUUUAUGAAAAGGAGUAAAAAGAGUAGACUUUACUGAGGGCUGAGAAAGUGUUUUUUG